AUGAGGAGCUGGUUCAAAUACGUUUGUCGCGCCCGGGUCUAUUUCUGCACGGUGCUUUUCAAGAAAGAUACGGGUCCAGCAUACGGCGCAACGAAAGAUGGUAAAGUCAGCGACUACAGCGAUUACUAGACAGCUUAGUGUCGCCGGGCCACGCUGUUGCUGCACUGGGGGAUCAGGCGUGGGAAUCCCUCGCACUGUUGGUGUGUUCUUCAGUGAUUCAAACGUGUGCGUCCGGCUGUGUUCCUCGGAUUAUUUCUGCUGAAAAAGGAUUGUUACGUGUCUGAGAAGUCGCCCGACGUCCGGAAGGGGAAAGCGUCCAAAACGAAAAGUGCCAGGUAUCUUGUAGUCUGCGUGAUGGCCGGUGACAAGUGAUAUGGUGCUGGCUGUGGCGACAAGGUCCUCGCGUAGGACGAGAAGAUGUUUGGUGGUGAUAGGCCGAGUACCCGAAAGAGUCUACGAAUCAAAUGCUCGAUUGGCUUGGGACGUCGCUCCCGAGAGGGAGCACGCGUAAGCGAGCUUCGUGAUUUUUGCACCAUUGGCGUGACAUGUUCCUAUUGCCCAUGGUAGGGAUGGGUGCCAAGGCCGACCGAAAGAGGUCCUGUGUCGUGACGGGCAUGACGUUCGAUAAUCGAAGCGGGCUGAUUUCGUCGUCGGCUGAAGUGUUUGUGCCUGUUAAAUGCAUUGGGAGGGAUGGCCGAAGCUCACGAUCAUGAAAUGAUGAGGAGGGUGACCUGGAGGUAAAGGUGGCCACUUUCACAACGUGGACGAAAUACGUUCAUGGUUACACCAAUACACCUGCCUAUGUGAGCCCAACUCCCUUGAUUAUCAGCUCACCCGAGGUUCAGCGUACCAUAUGAACGAGCCUCGCAGCACGGCGCGACCCAACAUCACCUUGCAUGUUUCUGUGUUUCAACUUUCAUGUCCCUAUGAUGCCAACGGGUAUCGAAGGGCUUACCGUGUGAUUGGCAGGUUGGUGUUGCUCGACUUCGCAGCGUAGCCGAGCGAUGGGCCGAUAUUGUCCGUGUCGCCUAUUCGAACGGAAACAUGUUUCUCAUGCACGUUUGUAUUGGGCACCAGUGCGAUGAGGGUAGACGCGUGGCAUGUUGCAUAAUUUGUUCACCUGUCAUGCGCUUGUCCGUCUUUGCAACCAACUGAGCGGUGAGUGAUGCUACAGAGGCGAAGCUCCCGCGUGCCCCAGCGAGUCCUUGUCGUGGUCGCACCCCAGAAUUGUGUUUCGAUGAUCGGUGAAUAACGUCGAUGGGUCAAUACUAGCCCCUCUCCGGGGAGACUGGUGUGUUUGAAAGCAUUGUCCCAAGUGAAGAGAUGCCUUGUCUGGAAUCCCAUGCUGCAUCAGAAGUAACGUUUCACUCUUUCAAACUCAAGUCUUCUUUGCACGGUUCUCGCUUCCGACCAACACCUGUGUCACCUGCUCACAAGUGGUGACAUGCUAACUAUU